CUUGAGCUUUCAGAUUCUAGGCGAUCUACUAGUGAACAAGACCAAGGAGCAGAACGAGCGAGUAUCCAAUGGGGAAUCUAAGAAUCCGUUCUUCGUCACACACUACACCAUCUCGAGCCAUGCACCGUUCGAUUCGUGGCCUAAAUGGUACUCAGAAUCUGAAAAGCCUGACUUUUCGGCCUUCUAUGAAGGACGACCUCACGCGGAUAUGAUCCAGAGAUAUCUGGAAGUGAGGUACUUUUGUGACAUGGAGCUAGGCAAGUUCAUGAACCGCAUGGCGACGGAGGGGAUUCUUAACGAUACUGUUGUUAUUAUCACGGGAGAUCAUGGCCAAGCACCUGAAGCAGACGUGACAAACACGCACGAGGAGUCUAUGACUCGUGUGGCAGCCGCCAUUGUCGCCGAAGGACGGCUAGGUGACGCUGUAGGCUUGAUGAUUGAAGACGCAGUGGAGCAUUAUGACUUCCUUAAUACGUUGGCAGAUAUUACUGGCGUUCCUGAAGGAGGAUUCCUCCAGAACGGCGUGGGACGCUCUCUCAAACGCAAGGUUCCGUAUGGGGAGCGCGUCGUCUUCAGUAAUGAGCCAAACCGCAAAAUGUCGAUUGUUCGAGGCCAUCAGCGUCUACGCUACGACCAAGUGAGUGACUCGAUGAUGCUGCACGACACGGAGAGCGACCACGCCAUGAAUACCGACCUGUUCCCGAAUCUUACUGCAGCAGCGCAGGCCGAGUGGCAAGCCUGGCGUGACAACGGCCGAAGACUUGCAGCCUACUACACCAAACGGUGGGACGAAAAUUGCCUGCUUGCUGUUAACUGCACGACCGAGCACUAACAUAGCGGAUAGUUUCGAUUGCAACAUUAUUAGCAAUAUACCUUGUGUGUUCGAGAACCC